AUGGAAGAGGAGGACGAGGAGGAUCGUCUAAUUCUAAACGGCGGCGCUGGUAUCCCUAUUGGUCCGGACGGCAUCCCACGACCUCUUCUGCCACCUAUUGCACCUCAACACGCCGGUCGCAAAUGCCUGGUACUGGACUUAGAUGAGACACUCGUGCACAGCAGUUUCAAGUCAAUACAACAUGCCGACUACGUGGUACCAGUCGAAAUUGAGUAUCACUGGCACAACGUGUAUGUUAUCAAGCGGCCUGGUGUCGACAGCUUCCUGAAGAAAAUGGGGGAGAUCUAUGAAGUAGUCGUGUUCACCGCGAGUCUAAGCAAAUACGCGGAUCCCGUGUUGGACAAACUGGAUAUUCACAAUGUCGUCGCUCACCGAUUAUUCCGUGAGAGCUGCUAUAAUCAUAAGGGAAACUACGUCAAGGAUCUAUCUCAACUAGGGCGCCCAAUUGAAGACACGAUCAUCCUGGACAACUCUCCUGCAUCCUAUAUUUUCCACCCUAACAACGCUGUUCCGGUGUCUUCGUGGUUCAACGAUCCACACGAUACCGAACUGACAGAUCUUUGUCCUUUCCUCGCCGACCUCGCAACCGUCGACGAUGUCCGAGGCGUGCUGGAUGGUGGAUUAUGA